CCCGUUGUGUAUUUUUUAUUGUUGCGAAAACACACAUAACAUUAUCACCGCCUAAAAUAUGCUCUCAAACGUAGCAAAAUCGAUUGGCCAGCGUAGUUUGUUUGGCAAAUUGGUGAGUAGUACCGGUGAAAACUAACGAGAAAUGCAGCGUGCCAAGGUUUUUCUAGCCGCGAUACGUUCGAUACACCUGCGCUAGAAGUGCUACAGCUGGCUCAAUAUCCGCUCGACAACUCCGUGAAAUCAUGCCCCUCCACCACCUUCACUUCGUGUCUUGAGCUGUGAGUGAUUGCAUAAUGGACCUUCGAAAGGACAUGCAAAAGUGCACAAGAUAAGAAUUAAUAUCCAGGGUUCUGCAGUGUUUAUGGUGCUUUGAACAACGAACUAAAUAAUAUCCGAUCGAUUAGCGUUCCCAGCGUCAGUAUGGGGAUUUCCAAAUGGGUAAACACAAUCUUCCGGUCAAGCAAAGCGGCUGCGGCUGCUUCCGAAGCGAUCAAACCGAGUAACCCGGCCCGUUCCAGCGGUGUUGAAACUGAAGUGAAACCGCUUUCAAGCCAGCAGCAGAAUGGAUUUGCUUCGGAGGCUACGUUUGAGACCCGGGCCUUCAAGCUGCACAACCUUGAAGAAGGUCCAUCGACUAAGGUGACUCUCACGAAGGAGGAUGCGCUAAAAUACUACGGCCAGAUGUACAUGAUAAGACGCAUGGAAACGGCCGCGGGAAAUCUGUACAAGGAGAAGGUUAUCAGAGGCUUCUGUCAUCUGUACUCCGGCCAAGAGGCAUGUGCCGUCGGAAUGCGUGCCGCCAUGCGUCCCGAGGAUUCUUGCAUCACCGCAUACCGUUGCCACGGAUGGACGUAUUUGAUGGGUGUCUCGCCACUGGCCGUGUUGGCGGAGCUGACGGGCCGAAGCAGUGGCUGUGCCCGUGGCAAGGGCGGCAGCAUGCACAUGUACGGUAAGAACUUCUACGGCGGUAAUGGCAUCGUAGGAGCUCAGGUUCCGCUUGGCGUCGGAAUUGGCUUCGCGGCUAAAUACAACGGAACCAAGGGAGCAUGCAUUGCGCUGUACGGUGACGGUGCUGCCAACCAGGGCCAACUGUUUGAGGUGUACAACAUGGCGAAGCUGUGGAACACGCCGUGCAUUUUCGUGUGCGAGAACAACGGCUACGGUAUGGGUACCAGCGUUGAGCGUGCCUCGGCUAACACUAACUACUACACGCGAGGAGACUUUGUGCCCGGCAUUUGGGUCGAUGGCAUGGACGUGCUGGCCGUCCGCGAAGCCACCCGCUUUGCACUAGAGCACACCUCGUCCGGCAAGGGACCGAUCCUGAUGGAAACGGCCACCUACCGUUACUCGGGCCAUUCAAUGUCCGAUCCGGGCACUAGCUACCGAUCGCGUGACGAAAUUGCCGAAGUAAGACAAACGCGGGAUCCGAUCACGUCGCUACGCGAAAAGAUUUUGACCACCGAGCUGGCCACGGUAGAAGAGCUGAAGGAGAUUGAGGGCAAGAUCCGGGGCGAGGUAGACACGGCAACCAAGCUGGCCAAGGCGGACAAAGAAAUCUCGGUCGAGGAGCUUACCACAGACAUUUACGCGAACCCACAAAACCUUGCGACUGUGCGCAACACGUUGCCUCACGCGGAACUUACGCACAAGCGACUGGGACAGGCGGUCAACAUGUAAAGAUUUGCUCGAAAAUGGAUCAGAUGUCUUAUCCAACGAUAACCUCAAUAGUUAAAAUCUCACAAAGCACCACGAUCCGGUUAACAACUGGUGCCCGGUUUUGCAUUAUGCUUUGUACCAGUGACGUCUGCACACGUAUGUUCUCCAUCCAAAAGGUGCGUAUUCAUGCUGCUGUAUGACGUACAGUCAGGGCAAGCAUUUCAUGCAGCAACAAGACAUGUAAUUCCUUCUUUUAUUGUAAACGGGUUGCAAAGCAUUUAAGACGAACCACAAAAUACAUUUGACACUCAUGGAGUAAACGGGAGUACAA